AUGGCGACCACUCUACCCCACAAGAAGAAAAAGCCGUCUCCUCCUCCUCCUCCCGCAGAGCCGAAGAAGCAAACCCUAGGCGCAGGCGGGAGCAAGAAGAAGCCGGGCGACGAGAUCGAGGAGAUCUUCCGAGGCAGGAAGGCGGAGAAGCGGAAGCAACCCUCAUCCUCGUCCUCGUCCUGCUGCCCCAACACCGGCAAAGAAGAAACCCUAAAGGGGACAGGGAUGGAGAGAAACAAAAAGGGCGAGAAGAAGAAGAAGAAGAAGGCGAAGAACGGGGCGGCGGAAGAUGGAGCGGAGGCCCGGGCGAAGCGGCGGAGGACGGCCGACGGCCUCCUCAUAUACUCCGAGCGCGAGCUCGGCAUCAAUCCGGACGCCGGGGGCACGCCGCUCUGCCCCUUCGACUGUUCCUGCUGCUUCUGA